AACUAUUCAUAAUCGGGCUACAUCACAGUGUUACUCAUCAGUCUAGAUUCGAUAGAGGGCAAAGUUCUUAACAAGUACAAAAUUAUCUCCAUCCUUGGAACAGGCUCUUACAGUCAAGUUUACAAAGCCGUUAAGGUGGACGAUGACCAGGAUUCACCCUCUGGAGACUCUUAUCUAGCUUUAAAACUAGUACAUCUUUCAAAGCUGGAAAAGGAGACUGAUAAGCAGAAUGCUUUGAACGAAAUUAGACUUCUCUCGUCAAUAGAUCAUCCAAAUAUUAUCAAAUUAAUAGAUGCGUUUCAUUUAGAAGAAGAUGACCAAAUUGGGGUCGUCAUGGAAUUUGCUAGAAAUGGAGACAUCAGGCAUAAAAUAGAGGCUGCUCUUCAUGAAUCAAGGACUACUGGUAUUCAUCACUUCAUUGAUGAAAAUGAAAUUUGGAAAAUAUUUAUCCAGUGUCUUAAAGGGCUCAAUGAAUUGCAUCUGAGAGGAAUAUGCCACAGAGACAUUAAAAGUGCAAACCUCUUUGUACAAGAAGGGGAUAUUGUCAAGCUUGGAGAUUUCAACGCAAGUAUUGUCCUCAAAGAGAGCCAUUAUAAGAACCAGAACGGCACCCCUUACUAUGCUGCCCCAGAGAUCUGGUUCGGUAAAAGCACUGACUCUAAAUGAGACAUCUGGUCGCUAGGAUGAUGAAUUUAUGAGCUGAUGUUUCUAAGAGUUCCUUUCUCUGCAAAGGAAUCGAAGGAGCUAUUUUCAAAAAUUACAGAAGGGAAUAUAGACCAGUUCGUUGAGAAUCAUCCCUAUUCAGAACACCUGAUAAAUAUGGUGCUCUGGACUUUAACAUUAGAUCCAAAUAUGAGGCCUUCUGCUAAGGAUAUACUAGACUCGUACCCAAUGCGAGGAAUGAGGGAGAUCCUACUCAAUGACAUAGAGUAUAUCGACUCUUACAAGCCUCCUAAACUCAAGGCGCCUGUUUUUCUUCCGUCUGACAGAAGUAAGCUGAACCGGAGGAUUUUAUCUAAGGUCGAUGAUUCGUACAAAUUCACACCUUCAAAACCAAAAUAUCCUACAGAUUGUUUGGAAGAGUUGUCAUUCAGGCUUCCAUUCAAGCUUCCGAGUAUCAACAAGAAGAGGUUCACCAGGAAUAAACAAAACAGGUCUGUCCUUGAGAAUGACGCAAAACCUAACCAAAAUAAGGCCAUGAUCAACCGAAGUUUGGAUGGAACUGUCACCUUCAAAUCUUUGCAAGAAAGGAUCUCAUCCAGGAAGAAGGACAGUAAGCUGAAGAAUUCCAGUAUUCACCGAAUUUGGAACCGGAUGGAUGGCUUUGAGAACAAAAAGCAUGCACCCACAGGAAGAGAGAGGUAUCAGAAUGAUAUCCCUAAGACAAGUCCAUUAGUUGAUCCCCAUAGCGGAAUUAACAGUUCAGUCCCAGCCAAGCACAGCUUGAUUCUUGAUCCUGGAAUUUCGUUGGAAAGGAACCCAUAUAGGAUCAGAACUGAUUUAAUUUUGUCAGGUCUUAAAUCUAGAAGUGGUAGAAGGCGAAGAUUGUAGGUCUCAGAAUUAUUAAAAAUUAAGCAAGUUUUCAAUGA